UUCAAUAUUUCCCCAGUGUACAGAUUCCACUCAAUAUAUCACAAAUAAUCAGAGAACUGAAAGCAAAAGUAUCUUGAAAGCUAGAGCGUUUACAACAUGGAAACAGACCGAGUUUAGUCAAUAAUCCUCCUUGAAUCAUAUGUUUAGCAAUGCACAUCAAGCAAAUCACAGCAUUCGUAACGUUAGGCUUGCUGUCUGCGAUGGUGUAUUACGGCAUGAAGUUCAUAUUUGACAGUUUGGAUCCAACGAAAAAGAAACCUGGGCAGUUAACCCAUGAAGAGGCUGAGCAGUUACUGAUAAAGAUUGGAUUAGAAGGCAUCAAAUUAACAGACCAUGAACUUGCACUUGCAUCUACUCUGGUUGACCCAUUGAAUAUGUCAAUUACUUGGGCUGACAUUGGUGGCCUGGAUGGUCUCAUCAAAGAUUUGAAGGAAACAGUUAUUUUUCCAAUGCGGCAAAAGUCUCUGUUUGCUAAGUCGUCUCUUCUGUCGUCGCCGAAAGGUGUGCUGCUGUAUGGCCCUCCAGGAUGUGGCAAGACUAUGAUAGCCAAAGCAACGGCAAAAACAGCAGGAUGUCGUUUCAUCAACGUGCAAGUGGCAACUCUGACCGAUAAAUGGUAUGGAGAAUCGCAAAAAUUGACGGCCGCACUGUUUUCUCUUGCGAAGAAAUUGGCCCCCUGUAUCAUAUUCAUUGAUGAGAUAGAUUCGUUUCUACGAAGUCGGAAUAUCAGCGACCACGAGGUGACAGCCAUGGUGAAAGCGCAGUUCAUGAACUUAUGGGAUGGCCUUGUUACUGAUGGUGAAAGUCAAGUCAUGGUAAUGGGAGCAAGCAACAGACCAGAAGAUGUCGAUACGGCAAUCUUACGUCGAAUGGUAGCAACAUUUCACAUCGGAUUACCCAACGAACGACAAAGAGAAGAGAUUUUAGGAAUCGUACUGAAGAACGAGAAGGUGGAAAACGACUUAGAUUUUAAACACGUUGCUUCCCUGACGGAAGGAUGCUCCGGAAGUGACUUAAAAGAAAUAUGUCGCUGCGCAGCCAUGUCGUGUCUUCGAGAAUGCUUUAACAGCAUUGAUUGCGACGAUCAAAAUUACGAGGACUUGUUAAGCUUGAACGAGGAGAACAUACGAGCCAUCUCUACCUACGACAUCGUAAAUGCAGUCGAGAAAUGCCGGUCUCAAUUUAUUCACCAUAGAUGAUAAAAUCAUAACUACUUUGUUGCUUCUUUCUGUUUUUUCCUUGUCCCAUUAACGGAAGUAUUGACAACCUAUAUAAUAUGAAUGUUGUAGUGUGCACAUUUAAACUUUCACUUUAUUUUCUGUCAUCUGCUCAUUAAUUCCCGACUUCACUGACCCAGCUAUUUCUUCGAUUCUGUGUAUUUAUAUAAUAUAAAGGCUACAGCCUUCCGACACUUGUCAUCUGUACUUUAUAGUUUAUAAUUAAACUUACUUAAUUGAAAAUAAAAUUGUUCUCUUGAUUCGUAAAA